GCCGAGGCCCCGUCACCUUAAAAUCCUGACCUGGAAUGCCGGUGGUCUUGGGGGCAAGGAGGGCGCACUCUUUGAUGAAUUGCAGGUCUAUGCCAACACGCAUCCCUUUGAUGUGUUGCUAGUCCAGGAGUCCAAGUGGACGUUCAGCAAUAUGUGUGAGGACUCUCGGUGGUUCUUCCUGCACUCAGGCUCGACCGCCCGCGACUUCAAGCAAGGUGGGGUUCUCAUCAUGUUGUCCAAGCGGAUUGUUGACCCGGGAUCCGUCCGGUUUGUUGAGCCCUUGCCGGGGCGCAUUCUGUGGGCACACUUCACGCACCGUGGGAGACCGAUCGACAUUCUCAACAUGUAUCAGCACACAUGGCGUGGCUCCGAAAGAGUAGCCCAGCUCCGACACCGUGCCCUAGAUGUGCUCACCAAAUCCGUCCAGGCAGUCUCGCUUCGCAGCGUUCUGAUCGUGGCAGGCGACUUCAAUGCCCAGUGUGUUCCGAUUGACUGGCAGCCAUGGCGGCGCCCUCGGGGCCAGCCGCGCCCUCCUCAGAUUGACCGCCACGCCAUUGCAGAUGCACUGAGCGGCACACCAGACGACAGGGUCUUGUCUUUUCGCUGUGCAGUACAGGGUCUCCUGCAGGACCCGUCCCUUACCUUGGACACCUUGCAAGAUCAGGUGCAUGCCCUCGCAGUGGAAACUUUUCCUGCCCAGAGGCCUCCUGAGGCUGCCCGGCCGUGUCAAGACGUUCAAUUGCAAGGGUACGCGGUUCGCAUGUGGGCUCAUUUUCGGGCUUUCCGCAAACUCCGGGCGCUGGGCUCGUCUGCCCCACUGUCUGUCAUUUUUCGGGAAAGGCACCAUAAAUCAGCCUACAACCGUAUGCGUGCAGCCUCCCGGCACCGCGGUGCUGAAUUGCGCAAACAGAAGCGCGACCGUCUCUUUGACACCGCCAGGGCUGCUGCCUCCAGUGGCAACCUUCGGGAAUUUUAUAAGGUGGUUCGCCUGCUUGCGCGUCAGGGCGCGCGGAACCGUUUUCAGCUUUGCCAGGGUGGGGUUCCGUUAGCGCCUGAGCGUGAGUUGGAAGUUAUGAAGCAGCACUUCGAGCAGCAAUUCGCGUCGCACUCUGAGCCCCCCGACCCUUCUGCCACCUGGGACUGUGAUGACCCCAUCUCCGUGACAGUCACUGAGGUCCAGUGGCAUCUGGACCGAUUACCGGACGCGCUCCGACGUGUCUUCAGCCACUGCGCCGAGGGCCGCCGGUUGCGUGCAGCCCACGCGCGUAACCCGCACCAGCGGUUCGCAGGUCUCAAGAUCCCCGCCUUCCAAGGCGGCGUGCAGAUCUGCUUGGAUCUUGCAUCUGCUUUUGACACUGUACCCCACUCCCUGGUUCGCGAAGCUCUUCUCGAAGCCGGAGUUGAGGCGGGGCCGGCCUCCCUCCUCCUGGCCUGGCUGGAGUCCUGCUCCUAUGAUCUUCACCUCUCGGGUCUCCAUACCAACAUAAUCGCUAGGCGAGGCGUUAAACAGGGCUGCCCUGCGUCGCCUCUGCUGUUCGCCGCCUGUACUGUUCUCCUCGCCCGUCGCAUCGACCUUCGUUUAGGAUCGUCAUGGGUGUCUGAACACUUGACCAUGUUCGCUGACGACCUACACCUGGCCUCACUGUUCCAUUCGGUUGCGGAGUUUGAGCUGGAGUGUCAGCGCCUGGGGGCUGCUAUCACUGUUCUGCGGCAACACGGGCUAAUCAUUCACCCUUCAAAGGCUCAGGCCCUUCUGACGUGCACUGGUUCACAGGUCAAGCAGACCCGCCAACGCUUUGUGAAGCCCCUGCCCGCACCCGCUGUUGGAAAGGGUCUGCGACUCCGUGCCUCGGGCGAGGAUGUUCUCAUCCCCCGCGCGCGUAGCGCGGAUUACCUUGGGGCCGUAAUCUCGUCCGAUUGCUUUUCAGCGCAAACUCUGGAAAAGCGUCUGGCCCAGGGCCGGACUGCACAAGUUCAACUGCGUAAGGUGCUCAAUGCCCGGAAGGGGUUGCUUCUCACCCAACGCGUCCUCCUCUGGCGCACUACUGCGUGGCCCUGCCUUCUCUAUGGCCUGGGGGCCUGUGGUCUUACUACCGCUCACCUUGCCUCCCUUCAAACGCUGGCCCUUAAGCAGCUCCGGGCCCUCUCCAACUCUCCUGCGCACAUCCACCAUGAGUCGGAUGCUACCCUCUGCCUUCGCCUUGGCGUGCCCAUGCCUCGCGACGCCCUCCGGCGUCUGCAUGAUCGUAUGCUCUGCAGACAAGUCCCAAGGGACGACUUUGUCUUUGGGCCGCAUGACCCUUGGACCCUCUAUCUCGGUUCCUGCUGGGAUCCGCCGGCCGUGGCUUCUUCUCCAGCCGUGCCGCCUCCCUCAGCCUCUGCGUGCCUGGCCCCCCCACCCGGUCUCGUGCAGUUAGAGCCCCAGCAUCCGUCAUUGCCAACAUCCCUGCCUCUCACCGCAAUUCCUCCGCCUAGGUCGUCCGAGACUCCUCUGCAUGCGCAUGAGCCAAUUGAGCUUCCUGUGAGCUCUGCCCCUGUCGCACCAGCCACUGCUACCUUGACGGAUCCUCCACCCCUGGCCGCUGUGGCUAGGGCCUUCCCAUGUAGUCUGUGUGACCGCUCGUUUGAUACGCGCAAGUCUCUGAAGCUACACAUGGCGAGGUCGCACCAGCAGCAUACGGCCACUAUUGUCUUCAAUCGAGCUCUGCAUGCGGUCGCCGGUCUUCCCACCUGCGCCUUCUGCAAAAAGUCCUUUACUCGAUAG